AUGAUUAUCCCCGUUCGCUGCUUCUCCUGCGGCAAGGUCACUGGAGACCUGUGGGAGCGCUACCUCAAGCUCAUCGACGACGGCAUUACGGACGGCGACGCGAUGGACCAGCUAGGCCUGAAGCGCUACUGCUGCCGCCGUAUGGUCAUGACCCACGUCGACCUCAUCGAGAAGCUCCUCAAGUACACCCCCGACGGUCGCAACGAGAAGAAGAUGUCCUUGAACCCGUAA